GGGACACAAGCACAGCAGCAAACGAUGUCAGAGCCGACGAGUCGAGACGAAGUUCAGCACGAUGGCAGCGCACGAAGACGAAGACGAAAGCGCAGCGUCAGUGUGUCACAGUUGCAGCAGACGCGCCUGGGCACACAGUGUACAGUGUGGUGCGGUGCGGCAAUGCGUUGACGCUUAAAACUGUAACUGGCCAGUCGUAACCACAACGGCAGCGGCAGCGGUGGCUGCAUUUAACGUAGUCGCGUGUUUCCAACAAAAAGCCAGCAGCACGGAGAGAUAGCAUUGGCCUAAAAGCGUCACGAAAUCAUGAAUUUCAUUGGCGCUGUAGGAGGCGAUGGUGGCGAUGAUGGCGACGACAAGGAAAAGGCAGAGGAGGAGGAGAGGGAGCGCCAAGAGGCCAUACGCGAGGCUGAGGAGCGGCGCAAGGAGAAGCACCGAAAGAUGGAGGAGGAGCGCGAAAAGAUGAGGCAGGACAUACGCGACAAGUACAACAUCAAGAAAAAGGAGGAAAUUGUCGAGGCAAUGCCGCAGGAGGAGCCAAAUCCGUUGAUGCGAAAAAAGAAGACGCCCGAGGAGCUGGCCGCCGAGGCCGAGCAGGAGGAGCUCGACGAUUUUACAAAACUGAAAAAUCAAAUAGAAACGCAAGUAAAUGAGCUAAAAACUCAAAUAGAGGGAAAAUGUGUCAUGCAGUGAUAUGUCAGUCAUCAUAAAUGAUAUCUAAAAUAAUAAUAACCAUAAUAAUAACCAAUUCAAAAUAAUAACUGAGUAAACCCAAAAAAAAAAACCGAUCAAAUGCAAUUGAUUUAAAUCACACUUAACUUCAAUUUGUUGCUAUCAAUAUAAAGUUGCCAGCAAAGAAGCAUCAAAUAAACAAUUAUUAUGUUCGAAACGUUCUGCAUAAUAUGGGAAAGCAUAAACAAAUAUUCUAUCUAUUUACCAUAUUUAUAAACCCGAUGCCCAAUUCGGCAGCAGUAAAUCAACCAAAGAAUAUAUAAAACGCCGCAAAGAUUGAGGUUAUGUGAAGCAUAAGAAUUAUAUACUAUUAUUAUAUCAUAAUAAUUCAAGCAAUUCAAACGAAAACCAAUAAUAAAACAAAUAGCAUAAAAUUAAUAAUAAUAAUAAUAAAAACGAUGCAAAUUCAAUGAAAAUGAAACAUAUGUAUGUAUGAAAACAGGACGGUGAAAUCCUAUUGAAUUUUAAAGUAGUUAAAGCAUAAACCAAAUUAUGUAUAAACGAAAUAUAGUAAACGCCUUUAAUAAUAUUCAAAUCACUUUUGCUUCGAUGAUAAUGUAAUAUACUCAAAGCCCCCCAAAAAAAAAAAAAAGGAAAACAAAAUGAAAAAAAAAGAAAAUGCAUAACCGUUGUUUAGUUGAUAGCAUUGCGAAAUUUACGAUAACGAUAACGAUAACGAGUUAGAAAUCGAAACUAAAAAAAUCUGCGAUUGGUGCGACAGAGACAGAAACAGAAACAGAUUUAUUGGAGGUGUUGCUGAACCAUGUCGAACCGUCGAAAUACGUUGCUGAAAAUCUCAUUUUUGGACUUUAAUAACACACACACACAUACACACGCAAAAAUACCUAUCUAUAUACCCGCAAGGAUUUAUCUGGAUAACAAGCUCUAUAAUACGAUACACUAGCCUACAUAUAUAUGAAACAAACGCCAGCUUCUUCUAUUGUUGAUAUAUUUCCGACACGAAUUCAAGCUACAUUUUACCCAAUGUGAAUAUACGCUAACUAAAAAUUGACUGCAGAAAUGGUAAAAAAAAAAAAACAAAACAAGAAACAACUCAUCGUUGGUACUCGAAACAAUUUAACCAAAAGAUAAAAAAAAAAAAACCAAAAUUUAACUCACGAUCGUUUGUUUAUUAAGCCCAAGAGAUAUUUUUCCUAACAGCUGUAACAUUUUGUUUCUUUCCUAUAUACAAAAAAUAAAAAACAAAAACAAAAUACACAACACAACAAUUGAGACAUUCUAAGCUAUUUGAGAUACUUACUGAACAUACUGAUUGAUGCUUCUGAAAUACAUAUGUACUCUCGGUGUUUAAUAUGAUAUACCACUCGUAUCAUCAUCAACAACAACAACAACAACAACAGCACAAGAAAACAACAACAACAACAACCAGUACAAG